AUGUAAGAGAUGUCUGAUUGUGGGAUACCUUAAGAUCAUGACGGACUAUAUUUUCCGAGUUAGUGAAGGUUAACACAAUUUCAACUUAAACGUUUGUUCGAAUCAAUCAUUUGUAUGCAUGGGUACUUGUUGAUUAUGGCAGUUCCCAUUAUGUAUAAUCCACAGUAUUUUAUGUUUCAUAUAAACUUUUCGUGUCGUAUUCUGCAUUGCUGUCGUCGAGUUUAACACUCAUCAUCCACUUUUACUGUAAGCACCAAGAUUUCUGAAUAAGUUUUAGUUGCAUUCAUAAGUGAUAAAAGAAUUAGUGCUUUAGUUUAGUGACUUAAUCUUGUUAUCUUAUUGGAAUAGAUGCAAUCCGUUUCCAGUCUUAACAGUACGUCGUCAGUUUACAUCAAGGUCAUUGUUUUAGAAACUCCAAUGAUUUAAAGAUUGAUAUAUAGUGAAAAAUUACACCCACUAAUUGUCCUACAUUAAUUAUUUUGCUUAUACUCUGAAGAACUAAUCUGUGUGUUUUAGCUAGCCUCCCGUAUUUCACCUUCCAGUUACUAUUGAUGAGAAGUAGACACUUAACUAGAUUGUUUCAAAAUGAUAUACUUUUUUUAAAAUGCAUAACUUUUUGAUAAGCAGUUUUUUUCAUUUUACUAUUUGAAUGGCUAUAUGCAAUUCUUUAAAAAUUGACAAAAGAUUAGAUCUACAUGUGUAAAAUAUUUGAUUAUUCAUUGUUUCUUAUAAUUGUUAGUACUUUAAUUCCCUUACUCUAGCAAAGCAACCUUUCAAAUAUAGAAAAAAGAAAUAUCGAAAAUAAAUUAUAUUUUCAUGAAUCUACCGAAAUGUAUACCCCACUUGAUUAUAUCGUAUAAACAAAAAUGUAAAACUGUUUGUCAUCUAAUGACCGCUACUUCCCUAUUAUUAAUAUCACCUUCACCGUUAUCAACGAAGUCUGAUGAAAUAAACAAACCAAAUGGUUAUAAAAUACUAAUGAAAUCAUCAUCAGUUCGAUUACGAUUAGAUAAUUUACCAACACGUGUACAACAAUAUUUUAAUUUUACUCCUGAUAAACCAUCCGAAUUUAUUACUGUAUUGUCAAGUGAUAUACAAAAAGUGAUUAGGAAAACCCAUUGUUCAGUUAACUUUAUUAGUGAUGAUAUACAACCUCCGUUACUUCAACUGAUUUCCAAAGAUGAUACAUCAAAUGUCAACAAAUCAUUACGUAAAUAUGGGAUUAAUUUGCAGGGGAAAACUCGAGUAAAAGUGAUUGAAUUUAGUUCUAAUAUAGACGAUAAUAUGUUUAGAGUCCGGGUGAAACAGGCAGAAGAUUUUUUACAAGCAGAUCAUUUUGUAGUUAUAAUUAUUAAAUUGAAACAUCUUAAAAAAUUAUUGUCGAAAAAAAAUAUACAGUCUACGACUACGAAAGCGGAUGGCGGUGAACAGCAGUUGCGAAAUUUGGGGAAGGUGGAAUAUGAGAAAAAUGUUGCAAAGUACGCUAGAAUAUUUGAAGUAUUCUUUACGACAAAAGCAUGGUUCAAAAUAUAAGAAACUAUGGAGACGUGACAGGAACUGUUAAUUAUAAGUAUUAUUAAAUUCAUGAUAAUGUUUGUUAUAACUUCAUUGUGCUUGCAUUUUCUGCUUA